AUGGCGGCCGCCCAGGUAAUUUCGAAUUCUGGGCAUGAAGACAUGAUUCACGAUGCUGGUCUGGAUUACUAUGGCCGCAGGUUGGCGACUUGCUCGUCGGAUAAAACGAUAAAGAUCUUUGAGAUUGAGGGGGAGUCGCACCGCUUGGUCGAGACCCUUAAGGGCCAUGAAGGUGCAGUCUGGUGUGUUGCUUGGGCACACCCCAAAUUCGGCACAAUCCUGGCCUCCUCUUCGUACGAUGGAAAGGUUCUGAUUUGGCGAGAGCAGCCUCAGAAUGCCACCUCCCCCGCUGGUGGAAGCACAUGGACUAAGGUCUUCGAUUUCUCUCUUCACACCGCUUCUGUCAACAUGGUAUCCUGGGCUCCUCAUGAGAGCGGCUGUCUCCUUGCCUGCGCUUCUUCCGACGGUCAUGCGAGCGUUCUUGAGUUCCGCGACAACAACUGGACCCACCAGACUUUCCAUGCUCACGGGAUGGGCGUGAACUCCAUCAGCUGGGCCCCCGCAGCUUUUGCCGGUAGCUUGAUCAGCUCCAACCCAGGACCGGGCCAACAGAGACGAUUCGUCACUGGAGGAAGCGACAACCUGGUUAAGAUCUGGGACUAUAGCCCUGAGUCCAAAACUUACAACACCACCCAAACCUUGGAGGGCCAUUCAGACUGGGUUCGUGAUGUGGCUUGGUCACCAAGCAUUUUGUCCAAGUCCUACAUCGCUUCCGCUUCGCAAGAUAAGACCGUUCGUAUCUGGACCUCUGACGCCUCCAACCCUGGUCAGUGGACCAGCCAAACCCUUGAAUUCGAUACCGUGCUGUGGCGUGUCAGCUGGAGCCUCAGCGGCAACAUCUUGGCCGUUAGUGGCGGUGACAAUAAGGUUAGCUUGUGGAAGGAGAACCUCAAGGGCCAGUGGGAGAAGGUCAAGGACAUUGAAGAGUAG